AUGCCCACUGCUGAAACCGCCAAAGAAGAUGGCGACGGUGGUAAGGAUCACCCCAUUGUGAUUGCCGGUGCCGGUCCCUGUGGCCUCGUCGCAGCCUUGGUGUUACAGCGCCAUGGAAUUCCCAUCGUCAUCUUGGAAAAGGCUUCCCGUGACAAGCUGGAUGCCAGUGUUGGCAGUGGCUACGAUUUGUCUCCAACCACCAUUGAAAUCGUUCAGAAACGCCUGGGACUUGACACCACCAAGGUGUUUAUUCAGUAUUCUGCCUUUCAAUGCCGUACUCUGGAAGGGAAGGUGGUGCGAGAUAUUGAGUUCCCGAAAGCCCUCGACCCGAGCAAGUCGUAUCAGCAAGCGACGCGGCCUGGCUUGCAGGGGCUGUUGCUGGAUCAGCUUGUGGAUCAAGAGAAGGUGUUGAAAUGUGGUGUGGGUGUGGAGUCCUACCAAGAAGAUGUCGAAAAAGGGGUUGUGACCGUGCAUCUGGUGGAUGGAACCACAGUCGUUGGAAAGGCCCUCUUGGCAUGCGAUGGCAUACAUUCCAAAGUCCGCAAGUGUAUGCACGGAGGCGACGACGUCGAUCCAUUGUCGUAUUGUGGGACGACGUGUUAUUGGAGUGUGUCUCCGAAACCAACACCGGGAUCUGCGCUGGAGAGUGCCAUCAACGAGACUCAAUCCUUCCGCCAAGAAGGGCCAUCCUUUGUCUGGGGAAUGGGAAGUCAUCGUGCUCCUGGCUCAUUCUUUGUGACACCCAACAACAACGGACAAGGAGUCUGGAUGCUCGGUCUCAAGGAGGAAGAUCAACCAGCAGCCAACGUCUCAGAUGAUCUUCGUCGCAGAGGCGGUGCAAUCAUGACAGAGGAGUCCAAACAAGCCCUUUUGGACAUGUUGAAGCAGCGCUCCAGAGAUCAUGACGCAUCCAUGAUCGAGAUCAUUCGCGCCACCCCAGAGAUUACCCAAGCUGGCUUGUUUGACCGUGCCAAUCAAGAUUUGCCUUUUAGUAGCCCCGGAAAACUGGUUGCAUUGCUGGGCGACGCGGCCCAUCCACAAAGCCCAUAUCUAGGGCAGGGAUGCAACAUGGCGGUGACAGAUGGAUACGUUUGUGCCACUCUCCUUGCCCGCCACUCGUCGGUUGCCAAAGCGGUGGAGACGUAUGACUGCGAGCAGCGUCGCAAGGAAAUUCAACACGUUGUCAAAGAGGCGCGCAAUGCGACGGAUUACUGCGUCUCCUCCAGUCUCUGGAACUAUUGGUUCUUUUACAAUCUCAUGAAAUACGCACCAAUGGACAGCAAUGUCAUAAUGGACAAUCUUAUCCAGCAUGAUAAGAGCAAUGUUUCGUGUCUCCGCAGAUUGGAUGGCGUCGAGGAUGAGAAGCUCUCCAAGCUAUCAGAUAUUUCAACGAAUUGGGUGAAGGUUGCCAUUGUAGUUCUUGUCGCUGUUGGAGCUUCCAUGGUUUUGAAGGGAAAGUUGGCAGCUGUCUAG